AUGGCCCUGGGAAGCAGGGGUGCUGGGGGUGCUGCAGCACCCCUGGAAUUUUUCCAGGGGGGCAUAGCACCCCCUGCAAAAAAAAUCUGUUGGAUGGCUGUCACUCAGUUCCAGCCCGUCUCUGCCCGCCAUGCCUUACCCUGCUUCGAUGAACCCAUCAUGAAAGCCACCUUCAACGUUCUUAUCAAGCACAGAACCCACAUGGUCGCCCUCUCCAAUGGCCGUGAGAUGGACACUAUCGACCACGGUGACGGGUGGUCUUCGACGAGGUUCGAGACGUCGCCGGUCAUGUCCACGUACCUCCUCGCCUUGGCGGUCGGUGUUCUCGACUACAGAGAGAUUAACACGACGAAUGGGAUUCGGCUCCGAACGUGGAGUCGUCCGAACGCCAUAGAUACAACUGCAUUCGCGUUGGAGUCGGCCUCGUCACUCAUGACGCACUUUGAAGACUACUUCAGCAUCCCGUUUCAGAUAUCGAAAAUGGACAUGCUCGGUGUUCCCGAUUACGGACAUGGAGGAAUGGAGAACUGGGGAUUGGUAACCUACCCAGAAAGCGGACUAUUCUAUGACCCGGAUGUGGAUACUAGGUCAAGCCAGGAGAGUAUGCUUACAAUCAUUGCGCAUGAAAUUGCGCACCAGUGGUUCGGCAACCUCGUCACCAUGGAGUGGUGGGAUGACCUCUGGUUGAACGAAGGAUUUGGAACAUACUUCGGAUAUCUGGGUGCUGAUGCCCUUAAUCCGGAAAUGAUGUUGCUGGAAACAUUGAUUGCUUCUAACAACCACGCCGUUCUGAUUAGUGAUGCGCUCUCUACGUCGCAUCCUAUAAAGGUCCACGUGACGUCACCAUCAGAAAUCGACGAGCUUUUCGAUGAUAUCUCCUAUAUCAAGGGAGCAGCUGUACUGCGCAUGCUCCAUGACAUGCUAGGUGAUGACGUAUUUCGAAGAGGGAUGCAGGGUUAUCUGAGAACCUUCCAGUACAGCAACGCUAACUCUGACCAGUUGUGGGAUGCACUCACUGAGGCUGACGUAGGGUUCGGCAACAUUGACGUAUGGCAGGUGAUGGACACCUGGAUCCUGCAGAUGGGCUACCCAUUGGUCAACUUGACCAGGCUGGACGAAACAACAAUAUCAGCCGUACAGCAGAGGUAUAUCGUAAAAAGCCAGGUGUCCGACCCGAGAGAAAGUCCAUACGGAUACGUUUGGUCUAUCUACCUUACGCAUACCCAUAAUGGAUCAAGAAAUACCGAAAGUCCUCCCUCAGUUUGGAUAAGAGAUCAGGAAAUAAAUGAGUUCAGUUUGGCUGAUGGAGUAAGUGUGGAUGACUGGUAUCUAGCCAACAUCCACCAAUUCGGUUUCUUCCGAAUCAACUACGAGCCGGAGAAUUGGGCCAAACUUAUCCACCAACUCAACACUGAUCACGAGGUUAUUCCUGUUCUGAACCGGGCACAGCUUAUGGAAGAUUCCAUGAAUCUGGCCCUUAAUGGCCGCCUCCCGUUUUCAACUGCCUUCGAACUCACUAGAUACCUACGGAACGAGUUCAAUUCCGCACCUUGGAAUGCUGUACUCAGCUACUUGAUCAUCUUCCGGGAUAAUUUGGGUGCCACCGCCCUACAAGGUCCAUACGAGAAAUAUCUCCGAGAGCUGACUAGCCGAGCAUAUGACGAGCUCAGACUCGAGAUUGACACUAGUCAGAUAUCACUCGAUAAAGCAAAGACAAGGGAACUCAUUGUACCAAUUGCCUGCAAGGUUAGGAAUCCCGAAUGCAGUCGUCAUGCUUUGGACCUGUUCGAGGAUUUCAGAAAGACAUACAACCUUUCAGACCCGAGUAGUAAUGUUCUUGAAGUGAACUCACUGGAAACGCUGCUUUGUACGGCGAUCAGGGAAGGUUCCUACACGGAAUGGGACUACCUAUGGUCAUUGUAUAUGGAUCCUAGAUCUAGUACGACUCAGACAAAGAUGUGGAUAACCGCUCUGGCCUGUACGAUACGUCCUUGGCAGAUACAAAGACUGAUCGAGUACCCGAUGCAAAACCCAAUGACAGCACGUCAGAUCGGUUUCGUCCUCACCAAAGUUUCGAUAACUCCUGUCGGCCGGACGUUGGCAUGGGACUACAUCCGGCAGAACUGGGAUGCAAUACAGGACAUGUACGGAGGGGCAUAUAGGUGGAUAAUACUCCUUUUGUCCACAACCAGUGACUUUAAUACUAAAGCACAACUCGAAGAGCUGAUAGCCUUCGCCAAUUCGAGGGAUCUAGGAUUCGGCACUACUGCAAUCCAUCGCUCUAUUGCUCUUACUCAACUCAACAUAGAACUUUUCGAUUCCAUCUAUCCACAAGUACGGGCCUGGUUGGAAGCCUAUGAUCAGACCCACUGAAUUCUACGUCUACAAUAUAUUUGUUUUUUGUUUGUUCCUUCUCUCUCUCUCUCUCUCCUUGAGGAGCCAAUAUUUACUUUGAAUAUAAUUAUUGACAUACAGAAAAAGACCCCCAAAAUACAACAUUAAAAUACACAGAAGAAGCAGACCCCUGUUACAUCGAAUCCAAACUUGUAACUCGGGGCGCCAUGAGAUAGGUAUCGGUAACGUUUUAUUUUGGUGUAAACGCACCAAAGGUCUUUGGAACCGCUUUUGUGCAAGUCUGGCCCUCUGGUCCGUCUUGUGAUAUGGACCAAGGCCCGUGUUUCACCGAAAUAUUUGUGCAAGGGGUCUUAGAUCCAAUGUUAAAAAUAAUGAUUCUGCUUCACGUACUCUCUUAAAAAGUUUUACCCGAUGUGGUUGUAAAUAUGUGUGAAUAAACCUGGGCCCCGUCUUAUAAAGAGGUGCGAUCGACUCGAAU